AUGGUGACAAUGGCGGACGGCGGCGAUGAUGAUGAGGGUGGUAACCUGCGCAGGCCUCCUCUGCCACACCAAGACGAGCAGCAACAGCAGCAGGCUCAGUCAGGAGAGCAUGCUGGUCGCGGUUGUUGCGACGGAGAGGCUGUCAUUCCAGCACUGAACAGCAUCGGGGAGGAGCCCGUGUGCCUGCUGCAGCUGCAAGAGUGCCUCCGAUUGUUGGCAGAGACUGAGCCACGGUGCUUGGGCCGCCAGGACCUGUUGGACACGUGCGUGCAUCACUUCUUCGCUCGCAUCAUCUUGCCAAGCAUGACACGCUUCGAGGCCGUUCUCAACACGACUCUGACGAUCAACACUGACAACGCUGCUGUUCUUCGUCACUGGCAAAGUAUCGUCCUCCUCUCUUCCAAGAUGGCGCACCUGGCCAGAGUUGCUUCACAUCACGUGGUUAUGCGGCUGCUGGAGCAUCUUGCCACCACACAACAUGACUCAUCUGCACUUGGCGCUUCGAGUCCACGUGCCCAGCGAACCCGACAGCAGUCUCCACAGCCAACGUCGCAGCCAAACCCACAGCCAACGUCGCAACCACGUUCGCAAUCAACAUUGUGGCCAGCUCCUCAUCGGUGCACGGGACGAAGACAGCAGGCCGCGCAGCAUCAACAGCCUCACGUUGCCAGCAUGGUUCUGGCGUGGAUGUACAUGGACGCUGCUGUUGCAUUUGCCAAGCGCCUGGAAAACACGGGUCAACACCACGUCCUGCCAACACCAAAGCGCAGCAAAGAGCACGAGCGCUGUCCGUACAAUUUACCUGCGCGCCCUCCGCCCAUUCCGUACCCGACCAGCGCCCGUGACCUUCUUCUACCACGUCCACAUCCCCACGACUCGCCUUCCUUCCACCACGUGCUCGGGCAGUGCAUUGCACACGUGCGACCGAGCGGCUGGAUUGGCACACGCGCGCUGCCACAGCUCUUUGAGUCGUACUCCUGGUCACUGGCGCGUCUCCUCAAAUGGUCGCUUCGCUGCACGCCAAUCCCGCCACACUACAGAUCCACAGCUUCCAACACCAAACCAGGCGCCACAUAA